AGAAAAAGUCUGUUGGUGUGGGUAGGUGAUCAUUCGCACAGGUUGCAUCCUUGUAAGGCACCGCCAAGGCUCGGGGACGGCUGUCAACUUCUGCGGGGAGAAUCCCAAUACUUCUGGCAAAGUGCGCUCGACCUCACCUCAACGAGAGCCUCCCAACAACAGCAUCGACUUGAACAGCUGCAUAGACGUCAGACCUGACGAACACUGAGAUCGAUCCACAGGGCUGAUUGGCUACACGGCGGUCUUCCGUGAGGAGGACCCGAGGAUUUCCUGCCAGAGCACAAUCACGAUGACCUUCCCAUUGCUCCCAGCCCAUGCUCACCUGAAGGAUCCUUCCACAUAAAGUCCUCUAACCAUCAGAAACAGCCUAGUGCUACUGAAAAAAUGGAUCUCGGUGUCCUGGAAGUUCUGGAGAGAGAGAAGGUUCUGGAAGUCCUUCAGAGGGAUAAAAUCCUGCGUUCCUUGGAAGAAGAGAGGAUCAGGAAAAUGAAGCUGGAGUUGCAGGAGAUCCGACGGAAGGGCGCGAAGAGUUUUUCCCGCCAGUACAGCGAAAGGACGUGCGCUCGGUGCCAGAGGCCGCUGGGGAAGUUCUGGAACUGCGGCGCCGUCUGCCACGGCUGCAGCCACCGCAUCUGUAACAAGUGCCGCAUCAACGUCACCGCCCAGGAGUGGAAGUGCACCGUGUGCCACGCCUACAGGGAAGUAAAGAUAAAAUCCGGAGAGUGGUUUCUGGAAGAGAAAGCAAAGAAGUUCACAGCUGAUACAGACAGAUAUGAGACUACUGGGGAAAAACUUUUAAAAUCCUAUCAAAGGUUGAGCACUAUCUCCAUCGUCCCUCCAACUCCUCCCCCUUUUACUGAAGGUCCAUCCUCUGGCCGUUCAGGGGGGCUGUAUUCGUCUAGGCCUUUCACAAAAUCUAUGGAAAACCUGUUUGUGUCUUUGACAACACACAUAAAAAAAAUCUCCAAGUCACAGAACGACAUGACAGCGGAUCCGGGCCUGCUGACCGCCGACUACGGCGGGAUCCCGAGCAUGGAGCGCCGCAGCCAGUCCGAUACCGCCAUCAACAGGCCGUUCAGUCUGACCAAAGCCCCCAGCCUGCCAGACCUGUUCAAACGAGCCAAGAGCGACGAUGAGGAGGUGCAGCAAAUGGCUGAGGUCUGCACCGAUGAGGACAUAUCUCCAGGUGCAGACUACCAUCAGGAGAAGAGGGGCAGCAUCAGCAGCGUUUGCACAGAGUUGGCGAUCUUUGACCACAACAGCAGCGUGACCGGGGAGAUCGAGCUUGCCCUGGUCUACAACUUCACAGCGUCAUGCUUGGAAAUCACAGUUAACGCCUGUAAAAACCUGGUGUACGGGGAUGAGAAGCGGAAGAAGUGCCAUCCAUGCGUCAAGAUCUAUCUGCUACCAGACAAGUCCUCAAACAGGAAACUAAAAACAACGGUCAAGAAGAACACGACAGAUCCUGUUUUUAAUGAGACCUUAAGGUACAACAUAGAGCUCCCCCUGCUGGCCAGCAGAACCCUGCAGGCCUCAGUGUGGCACUCAGCAACGCUGAGGAAGAAGGUGUUCCUGGGAGAGGUCCUUAUUCCCCUGCAUGAGUGGAAAUUCAAGGAUUACUCCACACAGAGCCCCAGCUGGUACCCGCUGUGCCCCAAGCCUGGGAUCACAGAAGGGUGCCCUGAGGAACAGUACAAUGGCACUUUGCUGAUUAAAGCCAAGUUCACACCACUGUCGCAGCUGUCCAGAGCUGCAAACCCCCAGAGAGAAGAAGUCCGUGUGGGCCACCUGAGCAUUUUGGUCACCGGAGUCACCAACCUGACGGUUUCAAAAUCUUCCGGAACUCUAAACACAUUUGUGAAAGGAUGUCUCUCUCUGCCAGGAGGCCGAGAGGUGGCCAUGAGGACGCUGCCCCAGAGGAGGAAGUCCGGCUCCCAGUGGAACCACCAGCUGGUGUUCAGUGAGGUUCCCGAUGCCAGUCUACUGGGGUCCUGUCUGGAUCUGGAUCUGUGGGACCACGCCUCCUUUAGCUUGGCACACCGCUUACUGGGUGUAGCUAAACUGGAGGGAGCGUCAUCCUGGCAGCGGUUGCUUCAGACGCCGAACACAUGGUACGACUUCACUCUGCCCAUGCAAGCCAGCGCCAGCACGAAGAAGACAUGAUGGCAACGUCGGCACGGCUGGCAGCCAAACGGCACAGCAGUCGCCGUGAGCUGGGCACCGGGACCGUUAGCACUUUACUACACCAUGCGGGCCUGCACGUUAGCACUGCACUGUCCUCCUGCUAAAUGAGUUUUCACAUAAAUUAACUGCAUCCAAGCACACACCUAACCAUCAUAAAGCUCUUCAUCAAUCGAGCGCCAAACAAACGGGAGUCACACUUUGCACAAAUGACACGAACCUCUUUCAUCUUCUUUUAGAAAGACUUCUGAAUUAGAUUAGGUUGUACUGCACUUUGUCCUCUGC